AUGCCUCCACAACCACCUGCUCUGGACCCACAAAUGGCAGUGCAGAUGGUGCAGGCGCAGUCGCAGCAGAUUAGCCAGUUGGUUGGUUUGGUGCAGACGUUGGGAGAGAUGCAAGCAGCGGCUUUGACACGAGCUGCUGAGACAAGCAGCGGAAUGGCAGCAGCAGCGUCCUCAACGGGCCCAGAGCCUAUGGAAGUGGACAAGGACACUGGUGGAGUCAGACACUCCAAAGCAGAGAGCUACAUUCCCAAGAUCCCUAUGCUUGAGUAUCAGAAGAUGACGACUCGAACUUCAGAGAUCAGUUUUUGGUCGCAGUACGUUGAGGGAGUCAUGUCUUGGUUGUCUUUGCUUGACGACUUUUACCCCACUGAGUUGUACCGAGCGAUGAUCACCCCCACCGAGAUUCAACAGAGCAGUUUGGAGAAGGGACCUGCGGCGAGGUCUGCGAGAUUUCUUCACUUGCUGCGUCAGUCUUUGGGUGAUUUCCAACGAGCUUUAGACAUCGUUCGACAAGCGGAACAGUCACAGCUUGGAGCAGCAUGUGGGUACGAAGCCUUUCGGAGACUGAACACGGAGUUUGGAGUUCAGUCGAGAAUUGAAGCAACAUCUCUUCGUGAAGCUGUUUUGCAAUUUCGCCCAGGGAAACAUGUGGUGCGGCCCUUGGACGUCUACAGAGCAGUAGAGUCCGAGCUCUUGAAGGCGGAUAGAAAUCUUAGUGGCUACAGCAGUCUUCGUUUGACAGAACCUGAGAAGAUGAUGCUUCACUUGAAGUGCAUGCCCGAGUCCUGCAAGCAUUACGUUUUGUUGCAUGGAAAGAGCGACACGCUGAAUGAGAUCCUGGAGAGCAUCAAGUUUUACGACUCUCAUCUGCGUGUGAUCGAGCAUGACAAGGAAGGCCACAAGCAUUCGUCGAGGAGCGCUUGGACUGAAGAGUUGAUUGCAGCUUUCAACAAGGGCAAAGGCAAGAAGGGCAAAGGGAAAGGGAAGAAAGGCGGCAAGAACGAGGGCACCUCAGAGAAGGGUGCUGGUCGAGGCAAAGGAAAAAGAGACGACAAGCCGAAAGCCCAGAGCGAGGGAAAGAAGGGGAAAUGUUUCAACUGCGGGCAGCCGGGGCACUUUGCUCGAGAUUGCCCAGAACCACGGAAAGACAAGCCUUCGGGUGCAUCUGGCCAGCCUAAAGCAAAGGGGUUUUGCAACUUCCGCGUGACGUUUUUCCCGAAGAACAUGGUUUUCCUGAAGAGCAUGGUUUUCCCGAAGAACAUGGUUUUCCUGAAGAGCAUGGUUUUCCCGAAGGGCAUGGUUUUUCUGAAGAACAUGGUUGUCUCCAGCAUGGCGAAGAAGUUUUUCUUGAGCGGCAUGAUUGUCUUGAUGUUUUGCAUGGGCUUGAACGACACGAAGAACACGGGGAUGAUCAUGGUUGGUUUUGCGCUUUGCAUGGAUGAGUACCAGGUGCGCUGCUCUUUGGCGUCUGGUGAAGUGCUGAGCCUGAACCGUAGAGAGGAGAACCACGGGGACCACCAGAAGGCCUCCGAGGACAAGGACGAGAAGAACGUGCCCCAGAAGGCCUCGGAGAAGCAGGAAGCGGACAGCAGCGAGCCCCAGAAGGUUUCGGAUGUCUGCGACGUGAGCUCAGAGGAGCCAGCUGCGAAGGCCUGGAGCGUGGUGAGCGAGGGCGAGAUCCACGAUGUGGAGAUGGCCAGGCUGGAGGAUCUGAGAACACAGGUCGCAGCUGCGGCCGAGAUCGCGGAGUUUCGAAGCCUGGAAGGCGGACCCCAAGCCGAAGCCAGCUACGAAAGCCAUGCCAAAGGUCUUGAGACCCACAGUCAAGGCGAUGCCGAAGAAGAGACCACAAGUGAAGGCAAUGCCGGCAAAGACCUGGAAGGGCAGCGUGAAGCGAGGAAGCAAGCAGAAGAAGGAGCAAGCCACGAGCAGCUCGUCGACGGUGCACCUGGUGGCAAGGACGGAGCGCUCAACGAGAUGCCCUGCACCGCCACCGCCGGAGCCGAUCAGGGAAGAGCUGUGGAAUCCGCCUCCACCUCCGCCUGUUCCCAGCCGAAGGCCCGAGAACAGGUCUUGGCCCUCAGGGCUACCAAAGCCCCCGCCGGUGCCGUGAACAGAGACACGUUUUCACCUCAGAAACCAGGCAUUAAGGCUGCUUGGGAGGCCUUGUGCUCUACUGGAACCGAAAAGAGAAACGAGCGUUGCAUGGUUGAUCUUUGUGACUUGGUUGAAGUGCUUGCAAGCUUGGGAGAUGAGGGUGAAGAGACUGAGAGAGGGGAAGGAGAGAGUGAGCAUGAUGUUUGGUGGAUCUUGAAAGACCGUGAAGUUGUUGACUUUGACAAGAUCAGUCACGUGUUGCAAGGACAUCAGCCCUUCAGUUCCUCUUGUGACGUCUGUGUCAGGUCUCGAAGUUUGCCCAAAGGAGCUCGCGAGAGGCCACGGGACCAGGUCAUGAAGCAUGAGGUGCAGAUCGAUCAUUUUUUCAAGUUUCAGAAGCGUUUCAUUGUGUUGGUUCAUGCCCAGUCGUUUGCAGUUGGUUGUGUUGAUGGCGAAGCAUCUAGGGAUCAGAUCCUUGAGAACAUGGGAGCAUGGUUGAGGUACUUUGGCUUGAGUGGCGUUGAAGUUGGGACCGUGUUUCGUUGCGAUGCAGAACCUUACAUGCGUGCCUUGUUGGUUGAGUUGCUUGAGCGAUUCCAGAGUUUGCAUGGUCCGAUUGAGCAGUUCAGCCCAGGGCGUCAUGCGCCCGCGGCAGAGAGAGCGGUGAGGACCCUGCGUGAGCUUGGUGAUUCUAUCUUGGUUGAGUUGCAGGAUCACGGGGUGUCGCUUCGGAGUACGAGUCGUGCGUUUGCGUUGCUCUACAACCACUGUUGCCAUGUCCACAACCGAUACUCGCAGUUGGCUGGGUCUGAACUUUCUCCUUUGCAGCGUUUGAGAGGGAACAAGCACAAGCCCCAUCAGGUGUACGCGUUUGGUUCGACCGUUUGUGCGCAUGCGUCGGCAGUUGAAGACUUGAUUGUUGGUCGCUUUGCAUUUGGUUGCUACCUUGGACCCAUGAUGAGCAAGACAUCACACCUUGUAAAUGUGAGGUUGCCGGAUGGAGCCUUAAAGCUGGUGCAAGCCAGUUCCAUCAAAGUUGUUGUGCCUCUGAGGUAUGACGUUGAGUUGCUUGGAACGUUUGGUCGAAAGGUUGUUGGCGGCGUGCACCCUGCGCCGCAGCCACUUGGAGACCCUGAGGACCCCAACUUGAGGACCGUUCCGUUGUCGCUCGUGCCCGGUGGGAAUCCGCCAGCCGAGUUCUUUGCAGAGCAUGGAGCCACACGAAGGUGUACAGCAUGCCAGAGGGGUUCUACACACGCCGUGAAUCACAGUAGGACCUGCAGACGUAGGUAUCAAGCUUGGUUGAAAGGUGAGAUGCAGCCCAAUGAGCCUCCAAGACCGCUUGAGUCCCCUCAGGGAGUAGGUGACGUGCAGCAUGACGGUGGAAUGCCAGAAGUUGAGCUUGACGUUCCCGAUGACCUUGAGAGAAUCGAGGCCGACGUCCCGAGAGAUGAGGACUAUGAGCCUAGAGGGGGUGUUGGUUGCGAUAGUGAAGAACCCUUUCAGCCCGAGCUUGAACGUGAAGCCUUGCCAGCUUGGUUGCCAGAAUCUCCAGGACCGUCUGAGGACCCUAGAUCCGAUCCAGGAGUCGAGGACGUAGAGAUGAUGGAUAGGUUCGUUGAGACGCCUGAACCUCAGAAGCUGUCAUUCGCAUCCGAGGACGCAAUCACAUCAGUCGUUGCCAGUGUGUUUUUCAGAACGAGUGUCUACAACGCAGUAGAGGACGAAAGCUGGAUCGAUCUGGAGAUUCGAGGCAGAAAGGUGUGCUUGCAGCGGCCCAAGUUUGUUAAGGACGACACGACCGGAAAGCCGUUGGAUCCACAGCUCACCGCUGAGGGGAUGACGAAAGAAGUGAAAGCCCUUGAUGCCUUGAAUGUAGGUGAUCUAGUGACAAAGCAGGAGGCGGACGAGUACGCUAAGGAGCACAACAUCCGCAUCCUCACCACGCGUUGGGUGUCUGUUGACAAGAAGGAAGGUGAAACAAAGCAGAAAAUUGUCAGGUCGAGGGUCGUAGUUCGCGACUAUGCCUCAGGCAAUCCAACUGCGCAGGAGCUGGGGAUCAGCUCGCCGACCUCUUCCAACGAGGCCUUCAGGACCUUCCUAGUGUUCAUUGCAUCCAGCGGAAGCGAUAUUAUCCUUGCGGACGUUAGUACGGCCUUUUUGUUCGCUAAGUUGGUCGAAGAGUUGGGGCUGUUUGCGUGUGAGACCGAAAAGACCGUCUUUGCUGGAUGGUUUUUGUUUGAUGGAACACAUUACUACAUGGUCCUCCUUGCGUAUGUUGAUGAUCUCAUGGUUGGUUGUCGUUUCCUGCCAGCAGCUAAGCACUUUGUUGAAUGUCUAGCCAAGCAGGUCAAGAUUAAAGUCACUGGAAUCCUGUCCAGAGACAAGAAAGUUGAAUUCCUUGGCAGGACCAUCCGGAGAGACAGUGAGACGGAUGGAAUCCUUGUUGGCCUCCCUGUGGGGUAUUUCCACUCGACAUAUGAAGCCUAUGGCAUCCGGAAGCCGAGUCUGGUUCCCCCGGACUUGAGGAAGAUCCUGGAUGAUGGAAUGGAGUCCCAACAACAGCCUUUGAGUGCAGAAGCUAGUGCGAAGUAUAGGAGCGCAGUCGGCAAGGUCGCCUGGGGCGCCCAGACACGGAUUGACUUGACGUACUUCAUCAGUGUGUUGAGCAGGGGCCAGUCGCAGCCCCUAGCUGUCCAUGAGAUGUGCCUGCGAGCGUUCUUGAGGUACUUGAUGUCGGUUGAGCACCAUGAGCAGCUUCUCAGUUGUGAUGGAGAUGCUGGGACCAUCGUUGUGUACGUUGAUAGCAACUGGGCGUCUGAGAGAAAUAACUCUCGGCGGUCGUUGUCUGGAGGCGUGUUGUUUCUCGACGGGGCCCCGGUGAAGGCUUACACCAGGCAGCAGACUUCAAUUGCGCUGUCCAGCGCGGAAGCGGAGUUAACCGCUAUCUGCGAGGGAAUGAAAGAGGCCUUGGGAUUGUGCGUCAUGGUGAGACACGUCUUUGGGAAAGAUGUUGAAACGCCGGUUGUUCGCUCGGACUCACAGGCAGCCAUUAACAUCAGUUCUAUGUUCGGACUCCUCAGGAGAGUCAGGCACAUAGACAUCAGGUUGUGCUGGGUACAAGAAGCGCUGCGUGAGGGCCGCGCUAAGCUUGAGUGGGUGUCUGGCUUGGAGAAUGUCUCAGACAUUUUUACAAAGAGUACGAUCCAAAAGGUCAGUUACGAGAGACACCUGAACAUGUUGGGAAUCGUUGAGCGACUUCCGCCAGCCACCAUGGGUUUGUUGGCGUUGGAGGACUGGGAUUGCGCCCAGUUGUGCCGCAUGCUCGGGAAGAGCCCUGAUCUUCCAGUUCUCUUGGAGCUGGAACAGAACUUGAGUGCGGUGAGUGCGGAAGCUCAUUGGUUGAUUGUCGAGUUUUGUACGAGUGAAAACUCGAAUCUUGGCAUUGCAGCGCUUGAGCUUGGAAGCGUGAAGUUGGUUAGAAUCACGGAGCGUGAGAACGGAGUGUUGGAUGAGACGAUUGCCAUUGUGAGAACACACGUUGAGCGCUUGUGUCGGUUGGGCGUAAACGUGCUGAUUUGGUCAUCCACACCGUGCACUGGUGGAUGUCUUUGGCAGUUUACACAUUUGGAGCGGCCUGGGCAUGGAGAUUACUUGAAGAAAGUUUGGGGCGUCCAGAGAAAGUUGUGGAAGAACUUUGAGGUUAUCUGCAAGCCGGUUGAAGACAUGCCUGUGGGAUGUUUGAAUCCGUUCGUUGCGAUCGAGUGGCCGAAGACCUGUCAGUACUGGCAUUGGAGGACCACCAAGAAGUUUGGAUUCGACCACCACAGGACUCUCAUGACCUCCAUAGUGCAUGGUUGUGCAGUAGAGAUGAGAGGACGAGACAACUUGCUUGUGAAGAAGCAGUGGAGAGUUGAUACAGACCUUAAGGUUCUCUGCGAGACCCUCCAGACAUUUGCAUGCACAAAGGACCAUCCCCACAGUGCCGAUUUCGACCUUAAGAGCACUCAACACUAUCCGCUUGACUUGUGCAGACGAUUGGUUGCGUGCUUGCCAUGA